AUACAGAGAGAGAGAGAGAGAGAGAGAGAGAGAGAGAGAGAGAGAGAGAGAGAGAGAGAGAGAGAGAGAGAGAGAGAGAGAGAGAGAGAGAGAGAGAGAGAGAGAGAGAGAGAGAGAGAGAGAGAGAGAGAGAGACACACACACACACACACACACACACACACACACACACACACACACACACACACACACACACACAGACAGUGGGUAGAGAGAGAGAGAGAGAGAGAGAGAGAGAGAGAGAGAGAGAGAGAGAGAGAGAGAGAGAGAGAGAGAGAGAGAGAGAGAGCGCGCGUCCUUUGCUGCGCCACUACAGAAGAAGCUCGAGCCCUGAUCUGCUCCUUGACGCGCGCCGACGUUCGUCAACCACGCACGCACCACCAUCCCUCCUCCGACUCCGCUGCCGCAUCGUCCGCAGCCAAUCCGCGGUUCGGGUCUCGAACCUGCGGCACCAUAGAGGUUCGGCGUAACAGUCGUCGUGAUGUCUGGGAUGCUGGAGGCAGCGCGCGGGGAUAAGCUCCAGGACGGCGAGUACGGCGAGAGAGCCGCCAAGCGCGCGAAGACAGAGCGGCACGAGGAGGAGAAGGAGGAGGAGGAGGAGGAGGAGGAGGAAGAGGAAGGAGAGGAGCUGGAGGACGGGGAGGACGCGGAGGACUCGGACCCGGGCUCGGCAGCGGAGCAUGCGGCCCCGGGUACCGGAGGAGAGGCGGCGGAGGACGGCCGCGGCCGGUGGAGGGCGAGCCAGCACGCUACGGAGAACGGGGUGGACAGCCACCAGAUCUCCCCCAGCCCGGUGGUCCACGUUCGGGGUCUCUGCGAGGCGGUGGUGGAGGCGGACCUGGUCGAGGCCCUGGACAAGUUCGGAGCCAUAUGCUACGUGAUGAUGAUGCCCUUCAAGCGUCAGGCGCUGGUUGAGUUCUCCGAGGCUCAGAGCGCAGACCGCUGCGUCUCCUGUGGAGCCAAGGAGCCUGUUUACAUAGCAGGCCAGCAGGCCUACUUCAACUACUCCACGUCGAAGCGCAUCACGCGCCCGACCAAUGCGGACAACCCCGACAGCGGAAAUAAAGUCCUGCUGCUGUCCAUCCAGAACCCCCUGUACCCCAUCACCACGGACGUGCUCUACACGGUGUGUAACCCAAUGGGCAGCGUGCUGCGUAUCGUCAUCUUCAAACGCAACGGGAUACAAGCCAUGGUGGAGUUCGAGUCAGUCCAGUGCGCCCAGAAGGCCAAAUCCGCUCUGAACGGAGCGGACAUCUACGCAGGCUGCUGCACUCUGAAGAUAGAGUACGCUAGGCCCACGCGCCUCAACGUGAUCCGGAACGACGCGGAGAGCUGGGACUACACCAAGCCCUACCUGGUGCGGCGAGACCGGGGGAAAGGCAGGAAGAGGCAGGCCAUCCUAGGAGAACACCCGUCUUCCUACAACGAUAAAGGCUACGGCCAGCCCUGCCCCCUGCUGCCAUUGCCUGGCAACAGCAGGUACAAGCUGGGCUCCUUGGACGUCCCGGACAUGGUGUCCUACCCCCCGCCCCAGUCGUCCUCCUCCUCAUACUCCAGCCAGGCCUCUAGCUCCGUCGCCAUGGUGAGCGGCCUCCACCCCUCCAAGAUGAACUGCACCCGCAUCUUCAACCUCUUCUGUCUCUACGGCAACAUCGAGAAGGUGAAGUUCAUGAAGAGCGUACCCGGGACGUCCCUGGUGGAGAUGGGGGACGAGUAUGCGGUGGACCGGGCCAUCACACACCUCAACAGCAUCCGCGUGUUCGCUAAGAGACUCAACGUCUGUGUGUCCAAGCAGCACUCGGUGAUCCCCAGCCAGGUGUUUGAGCUGGAGGACGGCAGCAGCAGCUACAAGGACUUCUCCAUGACGCGCAACAACCGCUUCAGCAGUGCCGGCCAGGCCUCCAAGAACAUCAUCCAGCCCCCCUCCGCCGUGCUCCACUUCUACAACGUCCCGCCGUGCGUGUCCCAGGACCACCUGCUGAGGCUCUGCGAGGAGCAUGACGUCCCCGGGUUCGUCAAGUUCAAGGUCUUUGACGCAAAGCCCUCCUCCAAAACCAUCUCCGGUCUGCUGGAGUUCGACAGCAAGACCCAGGCGGUGGAGGUGCUCACCGUCCUCAACCACUACCAGAUCCGGAUUCCCAACGGCUCCAACCCCUACACACUGAAGCUUUGCUUCUCCACCUCAUCCCAUCUGUGAACCCAGGAGGUAGCAGGAGGAGAGAGGAGAGAGGAGAGAGGAGAGAGGAGAGGAGCGGGAGGAGAGAGGAGAGAAGAGAGAGGAGAGGAGCGGGAGGAGAGAGGAGAGAAGAGAGAGGAGAGGAGCGGGAGCAGGAGGAGGCGCAAGAACCUCAAACAGAAAGAAGAAUCCCAGCACCCAGGAAGAUUGUGCAGUGAAGAGCAGAAGAUGACUGCAGAUGAACGGACCAGUAGAGACAAGUAGAGACCAGUGGGGUUGAUGUUGGUGAAGGUGGUCACAGUGGUUUGCAUUUCACUGACACAAAGAAAACAAAGUUCCGCCAACGGCUGAGACACUGUUUGGUUUAGGCGGGGGAGCAGGACUACAUGUCACUGAUGAGGAGUUGACCUGGUGGAGUAACACGCUACGAGGGCCUCGUCAAUCCAGUGAUUCACCCGUCAGGGACCGUCAGUGGUCCAUGGUGUGUCCUCCAGACCUGCGGUGUGUGUUAGGGGAUCAGGAAGGUGGAGGAGAGGUUUUGAUUGACAGACAGAGCCACUGACGCUGACCAAUAGAAUCGCGGAUGGAUAAAGUACUAUCUUCUCUAUAAUUAUCUUAUGAACACGAAUAUUUGUGUUUUAUGAUGUAAAGUUUACUUCUUGUUGAGACAAAUAUACUUGAAAGUUGUGAUCCUAUGUUAUAUUUACGGAAUGAAAUUACUUCGACGCAUUAUUUCUCUGAUUAAGUGUGAUAAACUUUGCGUCGGUAAAAUGUUAACCGAUCCCGUACUAAUUGGUGGUUGAUUAUUUUCAGACGCAAGCUAGUAAGCUUAGCAGCUAGGUGUGUGUGUGUGUGUGUGUGUGUGUGUGUGUGUGUGUGUGUGUGUGUGUGUGUGUGUGUGUGUGUGUGUGUGUGUGUGUGUGUGUGUGUGUGUGUGUGUGUGUACACAUGUGACUGUUUGUUUGUUCUUUACUGCAGCGAUUCUGAAGAUAGCUUUGUUUCACGUUUUGAGGAGGGAGGGAGCGAUCAUUCUAGAUCAAAAUCGAGAGUCAACCCUGUGUUUUCGUGUCUGUGCGUGCCUCUAUGUGUUCACGUGUGUGAGUGUGUACUCGAUGCAUUUAAAAGAAACACACACAUCACAGUGUUGUGUCGUGUGUGUGUGUGUGUGUGUAUCAGUCUGACAGCCAGUCUGGCAUUUAGCAAACGCUAUCACCCUAAGCGUCUUACAAUAAGUACAUUUGUCAGAAGAAAGAGAAGCAACAAUAUAUCACUGUGGGCACAGUAAGAAUUGUCAUUGAACCAAUUGCCAAGCACUAACAAUCUCUAGGUUAACCCAUUCCCCGUGUGCAACAAAGACAGCUAGGAUAAGACGCUACACAAUGCUGAGUACUAUUUUUAAGUGCCAGGACGUACAACAUACAAUAAGUGUGUACGGUUGCUGAGGAACUGAGUCCGGACAGGACUGCUCCACUCUCUUCCUACCCAGUGUUACAUUAAGGUGUGCCCACUCAGCCCCCGUACGAACACCAACACAGCAUGAACUGUUGGCCCCCGCACCCACGCACUCCACUGCAGACUGUACUCACACAGCAGCCGACUGCACCAACCAGUCCGUCCAGCUGUCCCUGCUGCUGUCGGCCCGGGCAGCCCGCCAGCGCCUCUGGUCUACUAGACCAGGUGCCACCGCGACGGCUGAUCACAAUCGCAGAUCUUCUUCCAAAAAAAACCCACGUUGGAGAUGGAAAUGUUGGAUUUCCAUUUCCCAUUCCCGCAUUGGAUGAGCCUACAGAUGGUCAAGUUUAGUUUUAAGGUUAGAAAUGGUGACGUUUAAAUAUGUUAGAGAUGAUUACGUUUGGGUAUGGUUAGGUUUCGGUAUAAGUUAGGUAGGGUUAAGUUAAGAUAUAAGUUAAGAGUUAAGUCCAGGCGUUGGUUUGGUGUGGUUUGAUUAAGGGUGCCCCUUCCAAAAAGGCAGCAGUGCAUCAUGGGAGUAUAUGCAGAGCUGUGGUUGGUACACCUGCAGACCUCAGAGACAAUAUUUGACUAUCUUAUAUUACACCGUUUGUUUUUAAAGUCAUGCAGCAUGCGGACCUUCAUUUGCACAUUGUAUGAGCACCUGUACCUGCAUCGCUGACGAGUGCAAGCCGUUGUGUGUUGAUGUGUGCUCAGACAGCUCUCUGCAGUAGAGCGGGCCCCUGGGAUCAGGGGCCCGCGAGCCAGACGUGGUCUAUACUCAGCGGGCCGAGCACAGGCUUAACUCUGGCUGUUUGUGUUCAAUUCUGUAUUUUCUCUGUCGCCUGUUCUGAGUUGAUGCAUAUUUAUUGUUUUCAGUAAGGACAAAUUAAUGCAAAUACAAAUGGAUUGAGACAAAAACAAUGAACUACUUAAGAUAUAAAGAAAAUCUUGUCGUU